AUGAAAAUAAUGAAAUCAUAGUAAUUGCAAAAAGACUUAGAAGCAUUUAAAAAAUAACUCAAAUAAACACUUCCAACAAUAAUUAAUAGAGUGACUAAGGAUAUAGGAUAAAUACUUUAUUUUGAGAAAUUGUUUAAAGAUUAAAAAGCAAAUUCAGUUUAAGAAUUAUAUUUUUAAAGUCUUCUUAGAUUGGAUCCACAUAUAGCAAGAUAAUAACCAUAAUUAGAUGAACCAAUUUAGAAUAUUAAUGAAUAAAUACAUCUAUAUUUUGAAUAACAAACAGAGAAAUUAUAAGAAAUGGUUUUGUUAGAAAAAGAACUUAAAAUGAUGAGAGAAUUAGAAGAAUUAUAAGUAAGUUAAGAGAGUACUUAAAUAUAAAAUGCUUCAAUAGAAUUAGAAUAAUAAAAAGGAAUGGAAAUUGAAAAAUAAAAUAUAGAAGAAGUAUGUAAUACAAUAAAAAGGAAAUAUUGGAGAUAAGUCUAAACACCAAAUUGUGAUUAAUGUUUUUGUGGAAAUCAAUUACAUUAUAAGUAAAUAGUUAAAUGUCAUUUAUGUGAAAAACAUUUUCAUGUAAAUUGUUUAGAUAAAAGUUAUGAUGAAAGAUAUGUUAAAAAUUUUACAUGUCCAAGAUGUACUUUAUAUCAUAUGGAUUAAUUUUGUGAAGUUAUUUCUAUUAUUAUAGAACCAUUUUCAUUUAAGAAAACAGGUUUAACUAGCACAAAAACUAUUAAAUUUAAAUCAGAUACUAAUAAAAUUGAUAUCAGAUGUAUUAGAAUGGAUUGUCCAUUAUCAGCAGAAGAAAUUACAUGGCCAGAUUUAGGAGAAUUACAUAUUAAUAAUAAAAAAGUGGCUGAAUUUAUUCCAUUAGCUUAAUAGAGUUGUCAACAUAAACGAAAAGAUGAAAAAUUGAUAUUCACAAUUCCAUAAAAUGAAGAAUGUACUUUAAUGAUGAAAGAAAUUAUACCUGGUAUGGAAUAAAAAAGAAAAUAUAGAAUUUAAGGUGAAUAAUUACAUUAUGUUGCUGUCUAUAAAACUAAAUAAUAUAAUGCAAAAUAACUUAUAGAAAAGAUUAUUGUAUCUAGUGAAAAUUGGAUGAGUGUAGAAUAAGCAUAGGAUUUUAUUAUACUUUAGAUGAAUUACAUAUCAUCUACUGGUAUCAAAUAAAUUAAAUAAACUAUUUCUUUAUUGUGUUGUUUAUGUUCAACAUUAAUGAUCACUCCUGUCAGAGGAAUCUAUUGCAAUCAUAUAUAAUGUUUCUCUUUAGAAAAUUAUUUAAUGAUGCUUGAAUUUUCAAAUCCAAGAAAAUGGAGAUGUCCAAUUUGUAAAGCUAAAUUAUUUAAAUUACAAAUUGAUGCUUUAUAAUAUACUAUCUUGUAGACUAUUAGAUAAUAUAAUUUAUAAGAUAAAUAUACAGAAAUAUCAUUUGAUCAUAUGGGAAAUAUUUUGGAUGAUCUUAUAUAAAAAUAUUUAGAUUUUAAUAUUUUACCUGAACAUGCUAAAACUAGUAGAAAUAGAAUAUUACAAUUAGAAACCUUAAGUAAUUAAGAAAAUGAAAAUGAAAUUGAAACUAAUGAAUCUGAAUAACAAAACAAUAGACCAUUUAAUCCUAACUCAAUUGUUAUAGAAUGA